GUGAAGAGUUUAAGAAAUGUUUAUCAAAAAUAAUUAAUACAAAACAUCUAUAAAACCUACAUCACAGAUCUGUGUGUGUGUGUGUGUGUGUGUGUGUGUGUGUGUGUGUGUGUGUGUGUGUGUGUGUGUGUGUGUGUGUGUGUGUGUGAGGAAUAUUGACCUCAGUUGACAACACUGAAGGGGUUGAAACUGGUUUGACGUAAAUUGUGAGUUGUUGUUGCUGUUGUUGUAUACACGUGUUUAAGUGUGUGAUACUCUGUAUGUUUGUGUGUUUAUGUGUAAAUUUGUGGGUCCUUGUGUUGUGUCGACCUCAGCCUGACGUUUCCUGGAAAGAGGACCAGACGCCAUGCGUCCGUCAGAGUUUCCGGUGGUCGUCACGGCGGUUGUAAAAAUGCAGCGAAAGGUCGGAGCGGAGGGUUUGGGCCCUGCGGGGAUGCUGGGCUGUAACAGUGACCCCGUUACUCUGCAGGUCGCUCUGAAUGAGACAACAUGAGGCCGUCUGCCCGAACACACUCUGAUCCUUUGUUUCUGUGUUUCUCAGAACGUGCAGCUGAAUCACGAGGAGCAACACCGAGGCUUUAAACUGAAGAAGACCGUCCCCCUGAAGAGUCAAAGAGUGUCUUCAGACAGAAACACGCUCACCUGAAAACACACACACACACACACACACACAGACAAAACCAUCAGAAACAUCACGUUGAAUAAUCCCUCCAUACUGAACUGACUAUAAAUAAUCAAUACAAGCCAAUGAAGCUGUGUUAUAAAAAAUAUCACAUAAACAAUUUUAAGGAGAAAAUAAGGGGAAGGGGGGGACAUCAACCAAUCAGAAACAAGGAGAACAUCGUCAUGACAAGAACAACUCAGAAGAACAAAUAAAACAUGAUGGUGAUGAUGAAAAUGGCGAUGGCAGAGAAGAUGAUGGUGAUGAUGAUGAUAAUGAAGAUAGUAAUGAUGAUGAUAAUAACAGAUAUAAUGAUGAAGAUAGUGAUGAUGAUGAUGAUGAUGGUAAUAAUGGUGAUUUGAUGGUGGCAAUGUCAGUGGUGAUGAUGAAGAUGGUGAUGAUGAUGAAGAUAAGGGUAAUGAUGAUGAUGAGGAAGAUAAUAAAGAUGUGAGAUGAUGGUGAUGACGAUGGAGAUGAUAAUGAUGAUAAUGAAAAUGAAGAUAAUGAUGAAGAUGAGGAUGAAGAUGAUGAAGAAGAAGAUGAUGAUGAUGAUGAUGAUGGUGAUGAUGGUGAUAACAGUGGUGAUGAUGAUGAUGAUGAUGAUGAUGAUGAUGGUGAUGAUGAU